AUGACUCCGGACGAGUGCACAGAAAUGAAACAGCUGGUCAGCGCAGAGCUGAAACAGCAUCAAAUCAAAGUGUAUGACUUCCCCGAGGAGAUUGCCACCCUGGGCGGUUGGGUCGAUGAGAAGUCAGUGAACGAGGUAAAAGCUUGGUCCAAACGGCAACCGUUCGCUGUGGUGAGCAGUGAUAGAUGGAUUGAGCACGCUGACGGAAAGAAGGUUCGUGGACGCACCUAUCCGUGGGGUGUAGUCGAAACGGAGAAUUUGGCUCACAACGAUUUCACAGCCUUGAAAGAAUUGUUGCUCAGCGUGCACCUGCAA